AUGGUUCAUUACGACAGGAUAAGUGAACUUCAUUCAUGGAGGAGUGACUGGAAAAUCUGUGUGAAGGUCCUAAGGAAAUGGAGGAAGAUAGAUCAAGGAGAAGAUACUGUUGAAAUCAUCUUCUGUGAUGUUUUCGGGGACAAGAUUCAGGGAACCAUAUCCAAUGAUCUCUUUCUCCAAUUCAACAACGAUGUGCAUGAGAAUGACUGGAAGAUUGUUUCUAAUUUCUCCAUUAUCCCUGAAACAAGCCCCAUCAAGAUUGUGGAUAACAAUUAUCGCAUCCGGUUCAUGGAGGAAACUGUUUUGGAUGACUCAGAGCCAGUGUCUAGCAAUCAUUUCAUCGACUAUCAAUCUUUUGAUAGACUAUUCGAUGGUUUCCAUGCAGUGAGAAACGUCUGCUUAGUCCGUGUGGAACCAAUCCUACAUGUCGAUAAUCCAAAUGCUGUUCACUAUCAUGAAAGGUGUAGGCUUGUGAGGUUCUGUCUUACAAACCUCGAGGGUCAUGAGAUUCAAUGUGUUGCUUACAAUGAACAUGCUGAUUUCUUUGACAACAAUUGGUGGCCAACUGGUAGCAAACCAAUUGUAGCAGUACUACGUUACUGGAGAGAAAAGUACACAUCCGGAGGUCAAAGAAUCGAACUACUGUCUGUCCCAGGGGCUUCUACCAUUGUUUUUGAUCCUCUAUACACUGAAGUUGUUGAUUUCUACAAUCGUUUGAUCUUUACCACCAACAGUGGUGUGAUGAUGAAGGUGAUGCUUAGAAUGGGGUUGGCAAAGAAUCAAAGAGUUGGUCCAUGA